AUGACUUUCUACUACGGCGCUCCAUUAUUUUCUGUUGAUAUCUGUUCAGCUGAUCAUUUUGCGGAUCAAGCAACGCCUUUGGCUUCUUCAACGCCUUCGGUGGUUGUAGUGGAUGAAUAUUCUUCUAUAGGGCCUCAACGAACCACUGGCUCCUGCUAUCACUUCUCUGAGAGCCAUUAUACCAAAGAAGUGCAAUCACACCUACAGGUUUCCCCUCAAAAACAUUACAAUCAGCUCCAGUCAGUUUCUGAUAUUUCACAAGUUUGCCCGCCACCACCACAGCCUACCGAUCUGCAGACGGGAGUCUAUUUCUCUGACGGCCAUCCACAUGAGGUCGGAAACAUCUCUAUUUAUACAGGACAUCCCGGCCGGAGUGUGUUUUUUCGCCAAGCUACAAGUGAUAAAUGUCAUUUGAACAUUAUUGAUUUCAACUCACCUGUGAGUUGCAUUUCUGAAGGUGAGUUGAAUCUACGGCGUUUAUUUUGCUAA